UUAGUUGAAUAAACCCUGAUAUUUUAGAUUUGUGUUUCCUUAAAUUUUUUAUGGACUGUUGGAAAAACUCAAGCUCGUUCUCUUCCUUGUUUCAGUUCUCAAAAAACUUGAAAGACCAGAUCUCACGGGACAGGUGCGUUUUAAAAACCGACAAAGGACGGUCCACUGAAAGAGGAAGAGAGAAGAACCACAAGGUCAUGAUUAUAUCUCCAUUAAAAGUUUUCCACACGUUAUUACACGUCUGAUGACACAUUAUGGCGGUUAAUUUAAGUAAAAACGGACCUGCGCUUACAGAAGCAUAUGCUGAUGUGGUGAACGGGAAAACUGACACAAACUGGGUCUUGUUCACCUAUGAGGGAAACAGCAAUGACAUCCGGGUUGCAGGGAAAGGAGAUGGUGGGCUUGGAGAGAUGGUGGAUGAACUGAACAGUGGUAAAAUAAUGUACGCCUUCUGUCGAGUAAUCGACCCCAGCUCUGGAGUCCCCAAGUUUGUGCUCAUCAACUGGACUGGUGAAGGGGUUAAGGAUGUUAGAAAGGGAGUUUGUGCCAAUCAUGUUCAUUCAAUGGGCAAUUUUCUGAGGGGUGCUCAUGUGACCAUCAAUGCCCGAUCAGACGAUGAUGUUGAACCUGCUGCCAUCAUGGAGAAGGUGGCCAAGGGUGCUGGUGUCAACUACAACAUCCACAAAGAGUCAAACCAGAACAGUAAUUAUGAACCUCCUAGAAGUGUGGGUUCUGUCUAUAAGAAAGUCAGUGCCAUUGAUGAAAUCCAAGGUACGAACAAAGACAACUUUUGGGCUCAGGCUGAGAAAGAUGAGAAGAACAGGCGACAAGAGGAGCGCAGGAGGGCGAAUGAGGAGAGACAGCGCCUGGAGAAAGAAAGGAGGGAACAGGAUGAGAGAGAGGCAAAUGAACGAGAACAACGACAGAGAGAGAGAGGGAAACAGAUCGACCAACAGAGGGUUUUUGAAAAGAAGCAAGAAGCCGGGAAUAAAAAACAGGAACAACGAAAAUGGGAGGAAGAGGAGAACGAACGCCAGACUCCUGUAAGAACAGGGACAUUGCGAUCUGAAUCUGUGCAAAAGGCCAAUGGUGCUCCUAUGACCAUCAAUGCCCGAUCAGAUGAUGAUGUUGAACCUGAUGAAAUCAUGGAGAAGGUGGCCAAGGGUGCUGGUGUCAACUACAACAUCCACAAAGAGUCAAAGCAGAACAGUAAUUCUGAAUAUCCUGGACGUGUGGGUUCUGUCUAUAAGAAAGUCAGUGCCAUUGAUGAAAUCCAAGGUAUGAACAAAGACAACUUUUGGGCUCAGGCUGAGAAAGAUGAGAAGAACAGGCGACAAGAGGAGCGCAGGAGGGCGAACGAGGAGAGACAGCGCCUGGAGAAAGAAAGGAGGGAACAGGAUGAGAGAGAGGCAAAUGAACGAGAACAACGACGGAGAGAGAGAGGGAAACAGAUCGACCAACAGAGGGUUUUUGAAAAGAAGCAAGAAGCCGGGAAUAAAAAACAGGAACAACGAAAAUGGGAGGAAGAGGAGAACGAACGCCAGACUCCUGUAAGAACAGGGACAUUGCGAUCUGAAUCUGUGCAAAAGGCCAAUGAAGCUGCAUCAAUCAUCUCUCAGUGUUCCAUAAAUCCCAGGGAGCUGUUCAAGGAGAGGGAGAGGACCUUGGUCAACAGUGGAAAGCCAUCCUCUGCAACCCGACCAGGUCAGCUAAGAAGCCCAUUUUUAUCCCAGCAAGCAGCAAAUGUGGGAAACCCUCCCAGUGAGCCCUUAUCUCCAAUACACCCUAUGGCGUCCGCCUCAGUGUCACAUGUUCCAGCACCGAUCUCCUCUGAGCAUGAAGCUCCUGGCUUCUCAGUGAAAAAUCCAGACCCCUCCUGUGAUGAUCCAUUUGUAUCUGAGCAGGCUGAGGGAUCAGAAGACGAAUGGGAAGAUUCAGAUGAGGAGGGAUCAUCCCCGGCUACUGUGUACCAAACUAAUCAGAGUGAAGAUGAAAACCUCAUUUAUGCAAAUCUCCCUUCACAAAGUCAUUAUCACAUUCAUCAGGAUUUUGAAACCCCCACUGCUGAAGGUGAGGAAACAGGCGAUAACCAGGACAUCUGCGCAAGAGCACUGUAUGACUACCAAGCAUCGGAUGACACAGAGAUCACGUUUGACCCAGAUGAUAUCAUCACAGGCAUAGAGAUGAUAGAUGAGGGCUGGUGGAGGGGUUACAGUCCUGACGGUCACUACGGAAUGUUUCCUGCUAACUAUGUUGAGCUCCUUUAAACCUGCACUAACAAAUCAGACGCUAUACCAAGUGACAGGCUGGUCAUAACAUGACGUUUCAGCUUGGAGUCACCAGGCGUUUUGAGAAUCUUUUGUAACGUCCAAUAAAGUUGUGUGACCUUGCUGAUGUUUUUUUAAUCUUGUCUCAAAUAAACCACUAAACAAA